AUGGCAUCGGAAUCGGAAGCGGCAUCCGCCUAUCACGAACCGUCAAUCAAUACAGUCCUCAGCUAUACCGGCUUUCUCUUGACUCUGAAUAUAGCCAAUACCUGUCUGGACAAGCUCCUCUACUGUGGUUUAAUCGGCCAACUCUUCAUCGGGGUACUGUGGGGCACGCCUGGGGCACAAUGGUUCGAUCAAGAGACAGAAAGGGUGAUCCAGCAGAUUGGGUAUUUAGGCCUGAUACUCUUGAUUUACGAAGGCGGGUUGUCAACCUCCAUCCAGUCCUUGAAGGCAAAUAUUCUACUUUCAACAGCCGUUGCCAUCACUGGGGUCUGUGUCCCAAUGGGCUUUUCAUUCAUUCUUGAGGAGCUUGUGUCGGCCACCCCUCUUCAGUCCUUCGCUGCUGGUGCGGCCUUGAGCGCAACUAGUCCCGGCACCAUCUUUACCAUUCUCUCAACCACGCAGCUGACAACUACAAGGCUCGGCACAGUCACCACUAGUGCCGCAAUGCUAGACGAUGUCGUCGGUCUAGUCAUGGUUCAAAUUAUUUCAAACCUUGGCGGAAGUGCCACCUCAUUCACUACUGUGACUGUUAUUCGACCUGUUUUUGUUUCUAUCGGGUUCGCCGUUGGUCUUCUAUUGCUGUGUGCAUUCUGUUUACAGCCAGUAUUAAAGAAAUUGCUUGGUUGCAAAGACAAGUUCCCUGCUUUUAUGGGAACUAUACAAUUUGCUUUCCUUUCACAGACGUGUGUGUUAAUUGGCAUCGUGGCUGGUGCAACAUAUGCUGGGACUUCGAGCCUCUUUGCUGCCUACCUUGCUGGGGUGAUUGUCUCUUGGUUCGAUGGGCUGAUAGCUGAAGCGAAAACACAAAUUCCUGCCUUGCGGUCUGCUGAAUCUCACGGGAAAACUUUGAACGAACAAUCACGCACACGGAAUGGCAAGGAUCGUACUGAAGAGACACCCUCUUCGCCUGCGCAACCUCCACAGGCAACCGAAAUAACCCCUAAUGAUACACCUACAGGUGAACUCGUAUACGCCAAAUACUACAAAGAGCCGGUGAACCGAAUCCUUCUCCUUCUUUUCUUCGUGAGUACUUCCCUUCGAUUUAGGGGCAUACUAACACUAGUGGGCAUCCAUCGAGUUCGCAAUCCCCAUAAUCAAAAUGUUCUCAGGCCAAGUUGUAUGGCGUGGAAUUAUUUACGCCAUGCUAAUGGCAAUUGGAAAAAUGAUCACAGGGCUAUGGCUGGUGCGAUUCUCUCCGAGCCCUGUGUCGCGUCUGGUCUCUAUCAUCAAGAAGCCAUUUACAUACGACCAUUCCUACUGUUUAAGUCCUUGGACCGCCAGCAGAAAAUCAAAUCAAAAGAAGAAAGCCCACAAAUACCAGCGACUCAAGAUGAGAGCGCAGAUGUUCCCGCCCCGAAUAAUGCCAAAGACGAGUCUCAGUCAACGAACAGAUCCCCUACACCCACUUUUCGCCCCGAUCCCCGCAUCUCGCUCCCCCCGAAACCAAAGUCUUUGUAUCCGCCUUCUAUCCUGGGAUUGGCAAUGGUUGCCCGAGGCGAAGUGGGAUACCUCAUUGCUUCAAUUGCCGAAAGCAAAGGGAUAUUCUCCAAUGACUCUUCCGAAGGACCAUCUGAUAUCUAUCUAGUGGUCGUCUGGGCAAUCUCCCUCUGCACAUUGAUCGGUCCGAUCUUGGUUGGAACUCUAGUCAAACGUGUAAAGAAGCUGCAACAGUCAAGGGUGGAUAUGGGGUCCGAUCCCUUGGGAGUUUGGGGAAUUUAA